AUGGAAGUAGAGCCAGCGCCCGAUCCGUUGCAGUCGAUCCCCAAGUCACCGGUGGUUGUUCUGAUGAUUGGGAUGGCAGGGAGCGGGAAGUCUACCUUCAUGCACCGCAUGGUUGUUCGGCUUCAGUCGAAGCAGAAAAGAGUCUACACAGUGAACUUGGACCCUGCCGUACGGAAUCUGGCCUACCCGGUCAACAUAGACAUCAGGGAUACGGUGAACUACAAGGAGGUCAUGAAACACUUCGGGCUUGGUCCAAACGGUGGUAUCAUGACUUCCUUGAAUCUUUUCGCUACAAAGUUCGACCAGGUCCUGGCGAUUUUAAGCCGACGCGCGGAAUCCUUGGACUACGUUCUGAUCGACACACCGGGGCAAAUCGAGGUCUUCAACUGGUCUGCCUCCGGGCAGAUCGUGUGUGACGCCCUGGCCGUGUCCUACCCAACGCUUGUCUGCUACGUCGUGGACACUGCCAGGUGCGUGAAGCCUGUGACGUUCAUGUCCAACAUGCUGUAUGCCUGCUCUAUCCUCUACAAGACGAAGCUGCCCUUCAUCAUCGCUUUCAACAAGAAACUGGGACGAGGGGCAGGGGAACGGAUCAAAGUGCUGAGGAUUGACGUGAUUCCCCACGAUUUUCUCAAAGAGUGGAUGGAGGAGUUGCGGAGAUUUCGAGACUUCGAAAAGCUGGGCGAUGCGCUGAGCCGGGAGACCUCCUAUGUCGCAAGCCUGGCAAGGUCCAUGAGUCUCGCCAUGGAGGAGUUCUACAGCAACUUGAGGUCCGUGGGCGUUUCUGCGGUCACAGGCGCUGGCUGCGAGGACUUUGAGAAGGCCAUGGUCGAAGCGUGCAAGGAGUUUGAGGAGAGCUACGUGCCUUUUCUGCUGGAGCAACGGCGAGACCUUGAAGCAAAACGUCGAGCAGCCGUGGAGGAGCAGGCUGGGCCGGAAAAGGCAGUACCCCUAAGUACCCCUAUAACUGGGCUCUCAAGCAUGAGAACCAUUGAACAGACAAGGAGGUAA